GAACACCCUCUGUAUAGCUCAUCAACCAAAUGAAGCCUUAUAUUUUGAUGUUACCUAUGUCUUGGUAUGUAUACCUUCAUCUCUUUACCUUAGCCUUAAUGUGGUUUGGCCCAAACAGAACUGUGGCAGUGGCACUAGGAAACCAAACCGAUCAUUUGGCAUUGCUCCAAUUCAAGCAAUUAAUAUCUAGUGACCCAUAUGGUAUCCUAAAUAAAUGGAAUAGUUCAACUCACUUUUGCAACUGGAAUGGAAUCAUAUGCAGUCCCAAGCAUCAAAGAGUUACCAAGUUGAAGCUGUCAGGAUACAAGUUGCAUGGAUCCAUAUCUCCAUAUAUUGGUAAUCUUUCUCGUUUGAGAUUUCUUAACCUUGAAAACAACAAUUUCAAUGGAAACAUUCCACAAGAGUUGGGUCGUUUGUCAAGAUUAAGAUAUUUUCUUCUAUCCAACAACUCUCUGGUUGGAGAAUUUCCUUUAAACUUGACAAACUGCUCUGAGCUCAAAAGCGUAGACUUAGAAGGAAACAAACUUUUUGGAAAAAUACCUAGCCAAUUUGGCUCUCUUCAAAAGCUUCACAUUUUCUAUAUCGGAACAAACAAUUUAUCUGGAAAAAUCCCACCAUCCAUAAGGAAUCUUUCAUCUCUUAAUAUUUUUUCAAUUGGUUAUAAUAACUUGGUAGGAAAUAUUCCACGUGAAAUUUGCUUCUUAAAACAGUUGAAGUUUAUAGCAGUGCAUGCCAACAAAUUGUCUGGUACAUUUCUUUCUUGUCUUUAUAAUAUGUCAUCUCUUACGGGGAUCUCAGUUGCAGCGAAUAGCUUUAGUGGCUCUCUUCCGCCCAAUAUGUUCAACACUCUCCCUAACCUCUAUUUCUAUGGAAUUGGAGGAAAUCAAUUCUCUGGUCCAAUCCCAACUUCCAUUGCAAAUGCUUAUACUUUGAUAAGGUUUGAUAUUGGUGGUAACCAUUUUGUCGGACAAGUUCCAUGUCUAGGGAAGCUACAGAAACUUUGGUCGCUAAGUUUGCAAGAUAACAAAUUAGGUGACAAUUCCAGUAAGGAUUUAGAGUUUUUAAAAUCAUUAGCAAAUUGUAGCCAGUUGUACUCUCUCUCUGUAACCAACAACAAUUUUGGAGGUAGUUUGCCAAAUUUGAUAGGUAACUUAUCCCCUGGACUAAGUGAAUUAUAUAUUGGGGGUAAUCAAAUAUAUGGUAAAAUUCCUAUAGAAUUAGGAAAUCUAACUAGCUUGAUUCUCUUAACCAUGGAAGAUAAUCGUUUAGAAGGAACGAUUCCAAAAACUUUUAGGAUGUUUCAAAAGAUACAAUACUUAGGAUUGGGAGGAAACAGGUUAUCAGGGGAUAUACCGGCCUUCAUAGGAAACCUCAGUCAGUUGUUUGUUUUGCGUAUGGAAGAAAAUUUAUUAGAAGGGAAUAUUCCUCUAAGUAUAGGGGAAUGCCAAAAGUUGCAAUUUUUAAACCUGUCACUAAACAACCUUCGAGGAGCCAUACCCUUAGAAAUUUUUAGAAUUUAUUCCUUAACAAAGGGAUUGGACUUGUCACAAAAUUCAUUGAGUGGUAGUUUACCUGAUGAAGUAGGUUUGCUAAAAAAUAUAGGUACAAUAGAUGUCUCUGAAAAUCAUCUCUCAGGUGGCAUUCCAGGAACCAUUGGGGAUUGCAUAAACUUAGAAUACCUUCAUUUGCAAGGAAACCUUUUCCUCGGAACAAUACCUUUCACUUUGGCAUCUCUCAAAGGUCUUCAAUAUUUAGACAUGUCAAGAAAUCAGUUGUCUGGAUCAAUUCCUACAAGUUUGCAGAAUAUUGUUUUCCUAGAAUACUUCAAUGUAUCUUUCAACAUGUUGGAAGGUGAGGUUCCAAUGAAAGGUGUCUUUCAAAAUGCAAGCAGGUUAGCAAUGAUUGGAAACAAUAAGCUUUGUGGAGGAGUUUUAGAGCUGCAUCUACCGCCAUGCCCUAUCAAAGUUAUAAAACCUACAAAACACCUCAAGUUGAAGUUGGUAGCAGUGAUAAUUAGUGUCAUUUUCAUUAUUAUACUGAUAUUUAUUCUAACCAUCUACUGGGUAAGGAAAAGAAACAUGAAAUUAUCUUCUGAUACACCUACAACUGACCAGCUAGUUAAGGUUUCAUACCAAGAACUACAUCAAGGAACUGAUGGAUUCUCAGAUGGAAACUUGAUUGGAUCAGGAAGUUUUUGUUCCGUAUACAAAGGAAUUCUCGUAUCACAAGAUAAAUCUGUUGCUAUCAAGGUUCUGAACCUUAAAAAGAAGGGAGCUGAUAAGAGUUUUAUUGCCGAAUGUAAUGCACUCAAGAAUGUUAGACAUCGAAAUUUGGCCAAGAUUUUAACAUGUUGUUCUGGUACUGAUUAUAAAGGUCAAGAAUUUAAAGCUUUAGUUUUUGAUUACAUGAAAAAUGGAAGUUUAGAACAAUGGCUUCAUCCAUGGAAUGUGAAUUCAGAGCAUCCAAGAACGUUGGACCUUGUUCAUAGAUUAAAUAUCACUAUCGAUAUUGCUUCUGCACUACAUUAUCUUCAUCAUGAAUGUGAGCAGGUGGUCCUUCAUUGUGAUAUAAAGCCAAGCAACGUCCUUCUUGACGAUGACAUGGUUGCUCAUGUGAGUGAUUUUGGCAUAGCAAGACUUGUCUCAGUUAUUGAAGACACAUCUCAUCAGGAAACUAGUACAAUUGGAAUUAAAGGGACUGUUGGCUAUGCUCCUCCAGAGUAUGGAAUGGGUUCUGAAGUAUCCACAUCUGGUGACAUGUAUAGCUUUGGGAUGCUUAUGUUGGAAAUGAUCACCGGAAGAAGACCCACAGAUGAAAUGUUUGAAGAUGGUCAAAAUCUACAUAUGUUUGUUGAAAGUUCAUUUCAAGAUAAUCUUAUACAGAUUUUGGACCCACAUCUUGUUUCAAUAGAAGAUGGACAUAAUGAGAAUCUUAUUCCAGCUAAGGAGAAGUGCUUAGUUUCACUUCUAAGGAUUGGACUUGCUUGUUCAAUGGAAUCACCAAAAGAAAGAAUGAGCAUAAUAGAUGUUACAAGAGAGCUAAAUAUAAUCAGAACGGUCUUUGUUGAUGGCGAGACAAACUAAAAUUUUAUAUGCGUUUUCUACUCUUCGUUACAUAUGCUUAUGUAAUUAUAAUUUAUUUUCUUGUAUUCACCUCUAAAUUUCAAAAUUCCUAAUUUCAGGUGUUCUUGCGUGAGUAGGU